CCCUUAUAAUCCGCCACCAAAUUCCAAUCCCAAAUACCAAACCACAACGCACUUAGCGAAAAAAACGAAUGUGUAAGGACAUGGUUGGUUUGGUUUCUCGAACGGGAAGGCAACUGCAGCGGUACAACAUGGGUCGCCGCCAAGUCGUCGGAUGCAUUCCGUAUAGAUAUACGAAUGGCAGUGAAGGCACACCCUUCCAUGAAUUACUGGAAGUUCUUGUGAUCAGUUCGCAGAAAGGCCAUGGAAUAUUGUUCCCAAAGGGAGGUUGGGAGACGGAUGAAACUGUUGAAGAGGCAGCGGCGAGAGAGUCGCUUGAAGAAGCUGGCGUUCUGGGCAUCCUCGAGGUUGAACUAGGCAAAUGGAGUUUCAAGAGCAGACGACAUGGCACAAUUUACGAAGGAUACAUGUUCCCUUUGCUGGUCAAAGAGGUGUUAGAUUCCUGGCCGGAGGAGAAUCUCAGACAAAGAAAAUGGAUGCCAGUGCAUAAAGCUCGAGAAGCAUGUGAGCAUUGGUGGAUGAAGGAAGCUCUAGAUAGAUUCGUGAAUAGGCUGGAGUCUCCUUCCCAAGACGUGCAGACGAAAAACCAUGUCUCACCUUGUUCCCUAUCUUAACUUAAUAAGGAAGUCGCCUGAAGUUGUACUUGUACAGAGUAGCAAUUCUUCGUGACCAUACACAUUUUUGUUCUAUUUUUCUUAUAAACCAAAUGGUCCAAGAACUUGCUGCAUUGGAAACUAAGAUUACAACUUAUAUUCCUGUAGAUUCUUAGAUUUUUGGUGUUCCUGUCUAUUGGGUCUUCUUGUAAGUAGUCUAUGUUAUGACAAGGAAGUUGAAGUUUCAAUAGAGGGAAAGAAUGUUCGAUUC